GGAGCCGGCGAGUGAGCCCGGGAACUCGGCCUGCGCGGCGCAGGGAUCCAGGCCCAGCUCGCCCCAGCUGGCCUUUAGGGGAGCCGCGGGAGGCUCGCACGGGAGGAUCGGCCGGGGCCAGGGUCCCGGGAGCUCGCAGAAGCCGGCCGCGCUCCCAGCCAGCCCGAAACCCAUGCUCCAGGGCGGGCCCGAGCUGCGGCUGGAGUGGAGGUCCGGCUCUGCAUGGCCCCAGCUGCUGCUAUGACUUCUUUGCCACUCGGUGUCAAAGUGGAGGACUCCGCCUUCGGCAAGCCUGCAGGGGGAGGCGCUGGUCAAGCCCCCAGCGCUGCUGCGGCCACGGCGAGCACCAUGGGCACAGAUGAGGAGGGGGCUAAACCCAAAGUGCCCGCUUCUCUUCUACCCUUCAGCGUGGAGGCCCUCAUGGCUGAUCACAGGAAGCCCGGGGCCAAGGAGAGCGUCCUGGUGGCCUCCGAGGGGGCUCAGGCAGCGGGUGGCUCCUUGCAGCACUUGGGUACCCGACCCGGGUCUCUGGGCGCCCCAGAUGCGCCCUCCUCGCCGCGACCUCUCGGCCAUUUCUCAGUCGGGGGACUCCUCAAGCUGCCAGAAGAUGCUCUGGUGAAGGCCGAGAGCCCUGAGAAGCCAGACCGAACCCCGUGGAUGCAGAGUCCCCGCUUCUCCCCGCCCCCAGCCAGGAGACUGAGUCCCCCGGCCUGCACCCUACGCAAGCACAAGACCAACCGCAAGCCAAGGACGCCCUUCACCACUGCGCAGCUACUGGCUCUGGAGCGCAAGUUCCGCCAGAAGCAGUAUCUGUCCAUCGCCGAGCGCGCCGAGUUCUCCAGUUCGCUCAGCCUCACCGAGACGCAGGUGAAGAUCUGGUUCCAGAACCGCCGCGCCAAGGCCAAGAGACUGCAGGAGGCUGAGCUGGAGAAGCUGAAAAUGGCUGCGAAGCCCAUGCUGCCGCCCGCUGCUUUCGGCCUCUCUUUCCCUCUCGGCGGCCCUGCAGCGGUAGCCGCGGCCGCGGGCGCCUCGCUCUACAGUGCCUCUGGCCCUUUCCAGCGCGCUGCGCUGCCCGUGGCGCCCGUGGGACUCUACACGGCCCAUGUAGGCUACAGCAUGUACCACCUGACAUAGGAGGGUCCAGAGUCGCCUCUCUGUUGUGCCACUAGUCCCCUCUCCCCUCCCCCCAUGCCACCUCUUUUAGCAGCUGGAGUCCUUCCUUGGUAUCUCCGCUGCCCAACACUGUCUGGUUCCUUCUCUUAAAACCCCUGCUGCAGUUCCUCCAAUUCCUUCCUACAGUUUCUCCAAGUCUGAUCCCAUCUGGGGGGAAAAGUGGCUGGAAGGGUCUGGAUUCUUCGAGGGAUCUAGAUUUAUACCCACGAGUUAUAGAUGUGGAAAUUAAGGGCACGGAGGCCAAGAGAUUUAUCCGUGGUCCCCAGCAGAAUUAGAGGUUGAAGGAGACUAGAGGCCAAAAGGACUAGAGGCCCAUGACUCCAACUGCUUCCGGUCCUGGAACCAGGCAGGACUUGCGCAGAGAAAUUGCUGUUUGGUGCUUCGGGAAAUGAACAGAGUCCUAUAGAAAGCAAGGAGCCCAGCUCCUUCCACUGUCAAACUCCAAGAGCUUUAGCAGCAAAGCGUUGCUCUGAGCGGGCAGGGCACUUGCUGGUGCUUUACAAAGGUAGGUUGAAGAGAAUUCCCAGGACCAGGAAAAAAAAGUAAAAAAAACAAAAUCUGUUUCUAUUUAACAGUACAUUUUCGUGGCUCUCAAACAUCCCUUUUGAAGGGAUCAUGUGUACUAUGUAAUAUACUGUAUAUUUGAAAUUUUAUUAUCAUUUAUAUUAUAGCUAUAUUUGUUAAAUAAAUUAAUUUUAAGCUACAAGCUAUGAAGUCUGCA